AUGGUUGGAAAAGUGGGUCCAUCCCAGUCUGUCCCACUGUGUCCUAAUGUGUCCCAGUCUCUCCCAGUCCAUCCCAGCCAGUCCCAGUCUAUCCCAGUCCAUCCCAGUCUGUCCCAGUCUGUCCCACUGUGUCCUAAUGUGUCCCAGUCUCUCCCAGUCCAUCCCAGCCAGUCCCAGUCUAUCCCAGUCCAUCCCAGUCCAUCCCAGUCUGUCCCACUGUGUCCUAAUGUGUCCCAGUCUCUCCCAGUCCAUCCCAGCCAGUCCCAGUCUAUCCCAGUCCAUCCCAGUCUGUCCCAGUCUCCAGUCCCAGUCCAUCCCAGUCCAUCCCAGUCUGUCCCACUGUGUCCUAAUGUGUCCCAGUCUCUCCCAGUCCAUCCCAGCCAGUCCCAGUCUAUCCCAGUCCAUCCCAGUCUGUCCCAGUCUGUCCCACUGUGUCCUAAUGUGUCCCAGUCUCUCCCAGUCCAUCCCAGCCAGUCCCAGUCUAUCCCAGUCCAUCCCAGUCUAUCCCAGUCCAUCCCAGUCUGUCCCACUGUGUCCUAA